AUGACCGGAGAGAGCAGAGACGAUGCCACGGCCAGGCUCGGUUCGGUCAGACUUGGCGGUCGCGGCGACACCUUGUAUGUGACGGCCGCGCGCUUCGUUUCGUCUACGAUGAGAGCUGCUAUGCGUAUGACUUUCUGUGUCAGGAACCUUGGUGAGAUAAGCAAACAGGGAUUGCGGACGUGGCAGCGUCAACAGGGAUUGUUGACCGUGCGGAGGGGAAGCGAGGAGAGUUUAUACAUGUUGGGCCAGCCCACCGGCCCACGUAGUCCACUCACCGUAGCGCUCGAGGUGCCUCUUCCCCUUCUCUGUUCGUGCGACUCCAAUGGCGACUGGCGGGUGAUCGGCGGCAGCUGCGGCGAUCUGGACUGCGCGCGGUCUUCCAACGUGCGAGAUUAUGUUGGUGGAGAUGAAGUGCUGUCAGAGAUAGAAAGGGACAAACUUUCGCUGCAGGAAGUGAAAGGAUUUCUGAAGGAUCAUAUAGCUCUGAAGGAUUCAAUGAAGCUGUACUUUCUGAUUCCUGGGAAGGAUUUAGUGAAUGGGUUGGUAUUCCUUUGUGAAGACAGUGCAUGCAUGAAAAUGUCAGACUAUGUGUGUGUUGGAGGUGUUGCUGAUGUGUUUGUUGAGUAUCAUGGAGAGGAAGACAGUCAGCACAGCAGCAGUGGAAGUGACUAUGAGGAUGAGAUGAUUGCUCUAUCUGAUGGUGAUCAACCUGAUGCUGUCAUAAGUGCAGAGCCUGCAGAAAGUUCAGAAGAAGAUUUUGAGGAGAACAUCCUAGUGCCAGAUGAUACAGGUGUCAUAACUCAAGUGCUAAAAAGUCCAGUGAGGGUUGGUACUGCUAGGAGACAGUCAAUCAACAUUGACAGUGAUGUAGCAGCUUCACAAAUCUUUAAUCCAACUCAACCAACAGAGGAACAUCAACCAACAGAAGAGCAACUUGCAGCAACUGAAGAACCUACUGAUGCGUAUUCAGAUCCUGAAUACAUGCCUCAUAGUGAAGACAGUGGAGAGAAUUCAGAGGUUGUUGAAUUAAGAAGGCAUGCAAGAAAGUUCAAGAAGAGGAUGAGACAGACCAAGAGCUGCAUUGGAAGAGAUGCAAAUGCUGCUAUUCCAAUUGAUCUUGUGAGUAACAUGGAGGAACAAUUUGAGGCAGAUGACAAGGACUGGAAUUUUGAGUCAUCUAAUGAGGACUACUCUUAUGAUGAAGAUUCUGAUGGGAAUUCAGUCAGGAGGAAAAGCAAGUACCCAAGAUACCAGAGUAACACUGAGAUUCCACACUUCACCCUGGAAAUGGUGUUUAGAAGCAAAAACCAGCUUGUGAAGGCACUGAAAAAGUAUGGCAUUGUAACUAAAAGGAGCAUUUCUUUCUUGAAGUCAGAGUGUGACAGAGUUAGAGCAAAAUGUGGAUGGCCAGGUUGCCCAUGGAUGAUCUAUGGUGCCAAAACCUCAAGAACUAGCAGGUUUCAAAUCAUUACUUUCAUUGAUGAUCAUAAAUGUGCAGAAAACAGAGAUAAUAGACUAGUGACAUCCAAAGUUAUUGCUAAAAGGUAUGAGCACUUCAUUUUGGCAAAUCCAAUGUGGAAGAUAGAGAGCAUGAAAGCAACAAUUCUGUUGGAUAUGUUUGCUGAUGUUUCCACUUCCAAAUGCAAGCAUGCAAAGCACAUUGUGAUGGAGAAGUUAAUGUCUGGUAUGAAGGAAGAGUACAGCAGAGUGUUUGAUUACCAGCUUGAAUUACUAAGAAGUAACCCUGGAAGCACAGUUGCAGUGUGUUUGGAUCCAACUUACAUGGACCAGAAUAUAUUCCAGAGCUUUUAUGUGUGUUUCAAUGCACUGAAGCAAGGAUUCAAGGCUGGAUGCAGAAAAGUCAUUGGUCUAGAUGGCUGUUUCUUUAAAGGAGUUGUCAAAGGUGAGUUGUUGUGUGCAAUUGCUAGGGAUGCCAACAACCAAAUGUAUCCCCUGGCAUGGGCUGUUGUUGAGCAGGAAACAAAUGAAACCUGGAAGUGGUUCAUAGGCUUGCUCAUCAAAGAUCUGGACAUCAACAAUAGUGGGGCUGGCUGGGUCUUCAUCUCUGACCAGCAAAAAGGACUUAUCAAUGCCAUGAGAGACUUUCUGCCUAAUGCUGAGCACGGGAUGUGUGCUAGGCACAUUUAUGCCAAUUGGAGGAAGAAGCAUAGGAGUCAUGAAUGGCAGAAAAAAUUCUGGGCUGUGGCAAAAGCAUCAAACCUGCAAGAUUUCAACUACUACAAGUCAAAGCUAGCACAAGAAACACCUGAUGGUGUGAAGGACAUGAUGAGGACAGAACCUAGUCAUUGGGCUAGAGCAUUUUUUGCUGUUGGUUCAAAGUGUGAGUCAGUGGACAACAAUUUGUGUGAGUCAUUCAACCAUUCCAUUGUGGAUGCAAGGUUCUAUCCAGUUGUUACAAUGCAAGAAAUGAUCAGGAAGAAAAUAUUUUGUAGAAUUCAGGAGCAGAGAGCUAAAGGGGAGAAGUUUCAUGGCAAAAUAUGCCCAAGCAUAUUCAAAAAGUUGAAAGCCAGCAUCUCAAGAACUCAAUUUAUGGAGGUGAUCUGGAAUGGGAAAGAUGGUUUUGAGGUUAAGCUCAUGAUAGGGAGGAAGAGACAGUACACAGUCAGUCUAGAAAAAAGGACAUGUUCUUGUGGUUACUUCCAACUGUCAGGUCUCCCAUGUGCUCAUGCAAUCACUGCUAUCUACAAGUGUGGCUUUGUGUUAGAGGAUUACAUUGACCCCUGCUACUCUGUUGAAGUGUUCAACAAAAUAUAUGAUCACUGUUUGCUGCCAGUUGAAGGUGAGGAAAUGUGGCCUAUUUCAGAAAAACCUAGGCCUGUUGCUCCUGGAUAUGUCAAGAUGCCUGGAAGACCAAAGAAGAAUGCCAGAAAGAGAGAAGAACAUGAGAAGCCUAAAUCUACUACUAAGAUGAGCAAGCAUGGUACUACUAUUGUAUGUUCCAUGUGUGGCAAUUCUGGACAUAACAAGUCCAGUUGCAUCAAGAAUCCAGAGAGAGGAAAGAAGAGAAAUGCCCAUCUUGGGAAGACAACCAAGAAAAGGAAGAGUACAGAGGCUACUUCUUGUGCCGCACAAGCUUCAGCACCAUCAGCUCAACCUGCUGCACAAGCUUCAGCAGCACCAGCAAAACCUGCAUCUUUCAAGCCUCCCAGGAAGAAAAAUACUACUGCAACACCUCAUGCAUCAGCAGCAUUAGCAAGGGCUCCUGGUACUGGCACAAGCUCACAGCCAAGUGGAAGAGCACCUGGAACAAGCUCUCAGCCAGCUCCUGGACCAAGCUCUCAGCCAAGUGGAAGAGCACCUGGAGCAAGAUCAUCUGGAGCAAGGAAAAGGACUGGAAGAGCUGAAACUUCCCUGCCUAGCUAUGCAUAUUUCAACUGCAGUGGUAACAAUUAGAUGAAAAUGUUAGUGCCAAGCUCUCAGCCAGCAUUGUGAUGUAAUUUCCAAUGC